AUGAAGGCCGAGUCUAGCAAGCUCGGGCAGUCCAGCAAGUCCGCAAAACGACCAGCAGAGGACGAAGUGAUCGAUUUCUUCGCCAUUAGCAGCCCGCUGAAGCGUCCUCACACCUCCGGUAGCUCCAGCCGCCGGACAAUUGAGGAGCCGAUAGUCAUCGACGAUGAUGAUGAUGGGGACGAGGAGGAGGACUAUGAUGAGGAGGCGGCAUACUAUGAAGCGCAGUAUGGGAUGAUAAAGAAGAUGGAAAUGCGGGAGAGCAGACCGAUCAAGGUGGUUGCGGGAGAAACGGAUCAGCUGGAAGAGAGGGAUGUGGUACAAGGGAAGCUGGCGAAGCUUGACUCUGAGAUGAACGACGUCCGAGCCGAGAUUGAACCGCUUCAAACGCUCCUCCACACGCUGCAGUCCGAGCGGGAUCAGCUCGAGUCCAGACUUGCAGUACUCCAUCGUCAGCCGGUCGUAGCAAAGAAGCCCCAGAUCCAGACUGGUCCCUCUAGAAGCGCUAUCGACUACCAGACCAACUCGUUCCCAUGGUCCGACGCCGUCAUCCCUCGCGCCAAAUUCAUAUUCGACAUCCCUGCCUUCCGACUAUGUCAAGCAGGAGUGAUCAAUGCCGCCAUGGACGGUCGAGACAUCGUCUGCGUCAUGCCUACCGGAGGAGGGAAGAGCUUGACGUAUCAGCUCCCGGCUGUGAUGGGUGAGAAGGGCAUGACGGUGGUGGUCAGCCCGUUGCUGGCGUUGAUAUGGGAUCAAGUGAGGGCGCUGAAGGAGAUUGGUGUCGAGGCAGCUAUGUUGACGGGCAGCACGUCGAAGGACGAGCAGAAUCGUAUCUUUCAGAAAAUGGAGAGGGGAGGCGGGAGCGGAGAGAAGGAGCUUCGAGUAAGCUGUGCUCUUCCUCCCGAGAAAGUCUCAAAGUCAAAGCGACUGAUGUCGGUCUUGGAGAAGGCCAACUCUGGUAAACGUCUACGACGUUUCGUGAUCGACGAGGCACAUUGCUGCAGUCAGCUAGGGCACGACUUCCGGCCAGAUUACAAGCAGCUGUCAGCACUCAAGGCGCACUUCCCUAAUGUACCGAUCCAAGCUGUAACCGCCACGCUCUCCUCCAAGACCCUGCCGGAUCUGCUCAAAAUCCUGCGUCUGGGCCCACUCACCGACGGCCGUUCUGCAAAGCCGACGGGCACGGUCUACUUUACCGCUCCGCUAUACCGGCCCAACCUGCACUACCGAGUAAUGCAGAAGCCAAGCAGCGCCAAGGCUACAAUCGAAGUCAUGGGCGAGUGGAUUCUUAACCAUCACGCUGCGGAAAGCGGUAUCAUAUACUGCCUGAGUAAGAAGGAUACCGAGACUGUGGCGGACGCUUUGCGCGAGUGGUCAAAUAGCGACAUCAAGACCGGAGUGUACCAUGCCGGAAUAUCGGAGGAGGAGAAGGAGCAAAUCCACUUGGAUUGGCGGGCCGGGAAGAUCGACUGUAUUUGCGCAACGACCGCUUUUGGACUGGGUAUAGAUAAGGGCAACGUACGCUACGUCAUCCGUAAGCUGACGUCACAGAUGGCUAAGUCGCUCGAUGGCUACUACCAGGAGACCGGACGAGCGGGACGAGACGGUCAAGAUAGCGACUGCGUGCUGUUCUAUCGCGGUCAAGAUGCGACCAAGCUGGCGGGCCAUGUUUGUAAUGACCCAGACGGGACCGGAAAGCUGCGAGAAAUGCUGCGCUUCGCACAAGAUCUUCAGACCUGUCGCAAGGUUGCAUUCGCAAAGUACUUUUCCGCCUCCGCCAACCUUUCCGCCAAUGCUUGGGACAAUGCUGCGGCUCUCGACUCCUCCACCUCCGCCGGCUCCCUGACCACUUGCGGUAGCUGCGAUAAUUGCACACGAGACGAGGCGAAUGUGGAGACGCGAGACGUCACGCUCGAGGCGUGGAAGCUUUUGAGGGUGAGCGGGGAGGUGCUGAAUCAAGGGGGAAGAUUGACGGUGUCCGCCUUGGCGAAGCUGGCAAGGGGAGGUGGAGGGGGAUCUUUUUCGGUUGCCGAGGGAAAGGGAAAGAAGAAGAAGGCGACGGGAGAGGGGAAUGUGGAUCUCGAGGAGCUUGUCGGGGGGAAAGUCACGUUGAAUGAGGAUGACACCGAGCGGUUGAUAAUCGAGCUUUUACUAAGUGAUCACUUCAUGGAAACAUACUCCUCAACAGCCUAUACCACCAACACCUACGUUGCGCCCGGUCCGAACGCCCUUCGACUGUCCCGCCUGACUGCCGAGCGAAUAGAGGAAGGGAUGGGGACCAGGAUACAGCGUUCAUUCCUGCGCGUGGAGAAGAAGGCGAGGAAGGUCGGAGAGGGGAAGAAGAAGGGAGAGGGAAAGAAGGGUGGGGAGAAGAAGAAGAGAUCGAGGAAGGAAGUUGUGAAUAUCGCCGCGGAUGAGGGUAUCGAGGAUGUAGACGAGGAAGAGGACGAACAAUACGGCGAGUUCGAAGACGACCAGUAG